UUCCCGUUGUGCGUUCAGAGUGUCAAGGCUCUGUGUAAUCUCGCAUUAGCGUACUCUGUGUAGAAUAUUCACGGGAUAAAUCAUCUGUGAAUGACAGGUAUCAUCUGUCAUUUGUAGACGUUCACCUUGCCGAUGAUAACGAUAGUGAUGAAUAAUCAUUGGCUGUGACUAGCAGAAAGCCAGCCUAGUCCGUCACCGACUGUCUUCCCGUCAAGUGAAAUGCCGCUAGUGUUCGGGUCGGAAAAGGUGCCUGAAGGCAACAACUGUUUGCUGUCGGAGCUGACGGAGGUGCCCAAUGUGACUCUGGGUAACUUUGUGUUGAGGUUGGAGGUGGAGGAGCCGAGACCCGAGCUGCUGGAGAAGGCUCGUAGAGAGCUGAGAGAAACUCCAGACCUAGCUAGAGAGAGCAUAGCUACAUUGCAGGAUCUUCUACGAGAUGAGAAAGAUAAAGGCCUGAUAACCCCUGUGGACAACGUCGCUUGGCUAACAAGGUUCUUGAGACCUACCAAGUUCUACCCUGAGAGUGCCUUCAAUCUGGUGAAAAACUACUACUCUUUUAAGAAGAAGCACAAGAACAUGUAUGAAGGACUCAUACCUUCCUCGGAGAAGAACGUUUUCAACCAUGAUGUUCUCACAGUUCUGCCAAUGAGAGAUCAGGAGGGGCGGCGGAUGUUGGUUCUGGAGCUCGGAAAGAAAUGGAAGCACAACAAGUGUUCCCUGGACGAAGUGUUCAAAGGCGCAGUUCUGUUCAUGGAGGCAGCCAUGUUAGAACCCGAGACUCAGAUUAGCGGAGCCGAAGUCAUCUUUGACAUGGACGGGCUCAGUAUGCAACAGACAAUGCAGUUCACUCCUUCCUUCGCUAAGCGAAUUGUCGACUGGCUUCAGGACAGUGUACCACUCAGGAUAAAGGGGAUUCACAUAGUGAACCAACCCUACAUCUUCAACAUUGUGUUCAACCUUUUCAAGCCAUUCCUCCGCGAGAAGCUAAAAAGCAGAAUUGUGUUCCACGGCAGUAACAGAGACUCCCUACACAAGCACCUCUCCCCGAAGGUCCUGCCCAAGUGUUACGGAGGCACUUGUGAGGUCCCCAGGGUCACGGGACCCCAGUGGUACGAGCUGCUGUCCCUCAUAGACAAGGAGUACAUGGCCAUCAAUUCCUACGGAUACAAGGACAUUAUUAAGGCGUGAAAUCAAUGUCAAUCAAUCAAUGUUGGAAUCAUAGAAUGUCCAAUACACAACGUUGCUAAUAGAAUUAUGAAGUAAAACUUUUGUUUUACUUACUCUUUAGAAUAUACUAUAAUAUAUUGUUAAAUUAUCCUAGAAUACGUAUCUUCAAAACAUUCCUUAAAAAGGAAACUACUCUUAUAAAUCAUAACUAUUUAUUCCAUCACAACAAAGCAAUCCUAUUUAAAACAUCCAUUUUAAAUUAAGGUUGUAUUAUUGUCAAACGAUAGUUUUUAACAUAGAUUUUUAGCUCAAUUAGUUAACUAACAUGACAAUUACGAUUUUUCCUACUAUUAUCUGUUGUUAAAACUGAUCGAAUUUGUUUAUGUACAUCACAAUAGAAUAACUUAAAUAAAUAAGUUAAUAGUGUAGUUGGAUUUUUAGUUAAAAUUUUAAAUGUGCAUGUAGGUAGUGACGUGAUUUUUAAGUUAAUAUAAAAUGGAUUUAUCAACUAAAGCACAAAAAUUAAACAAAGGUUAGGUACCGUAAACCACUUUUUUAACCUACCAUUUUGGAGAAAGUACCGAACUUAUCUACACACUCAAAAGACUGGGUUCAUUCUCAAACAUAAUAAGUCUUGCUCAAGAUUGUAAUAUUUAUGUAAAUUAUUAAUUCUAAGGAAAGUAUUAUUUUUGUAUCAUUAUACAAUGAACUCUCUAUUAGUUUUAGAAUGAUUUGUUACCUCUAUUAUGGCUAUGGAUAUAUUUAAUAAAUAUACUACUAUGUUACUGAAAA